AAGAAGUUUGACAUUUCAACCUGAAAAUAAACAUUUCAUGUCGGUAUUAAAAUAAUUCGAUUCUGUGCGUGUAAUUUCGCGUGAACUUUUGUUAUUAGGUUUAAUAAAUAAAAUAACUAUAUUAGAUACAUAUUGAAUGUUCAUCUGAUAGUUACAACCGAUGUCAGAUACUUCAACACAAGCUCAACAAGCCCCCAAGGAAGAACAACCUCCGUCCAAGAUACCUGAAUCCGUAAGGAAAAUAAUAUCAAUGGAAAAAGAAACCGAGUCAAACGCUAACCGCAAAUCGAGGAUUGACUUGAACGCUCUUCCGACGCGUCAGUAUCUCGACCAGACCGUAGUGCCUAUACUCCUGCAGGGUCUCUCUGCCCUGGCCAAGGAGAGACCGCCGGACCCCAUCAAUUACUUGGCCGCGUACUUAUUGAAGAACAAGAGUACCUUCGAGAGCAACACGUCGGCCAACAACAACCCCCCACCGAACCCUCAACCAUAAUAUUUGCACAGUUGUAACAUGCACAGCAGACGUGUGCUGUGCAGUAAUAA